CUUCAAAACUGGGAUGGAGGCCACAGCCCUACGCACACUAAGUGCUCACUUGCCCAACCCUGAGAGACUCUACAACGGGGAUUCAGUGCAAAGACUGAAAAAGAAGUGAGGCAGGCUCCCAGCAAGGCAGCAACCUCGCAGACAGAACGGGGAGGAAAAUGAAGCUCCCGAUUUUCAUAGCAGACGCGUUCACGGCAACAGCUUUCCGGGGCAAUCCUGCUGCCGUCUGCCUCCUGGAAAAUGCUCUGGCUGAAGACGCCCAUCAACAGAUCGCAAGGGAAAUGAACCUCUCCGAAACGGCUUUCGUCAGGAAACUGCAACCAAGCGACAACUUCACACAAAGUUCCCACUUUGGACUGAGGUGGUUUACACCAGAGAGUGAGGUUCCUCUGUGUGGUCAUGCCACCCUGGCCUCUGCGGCUGUGCUGUUUCACAAGAUAAAGAACACAAACAGCACUCUCACCUUCACCACUAUGAGCGGGGAGCUAAAGGCCAGAAGAGCAGAGGACGGGAUUGUCUUGGACUUUCCUCUCUACCCAGCCUUCCCCCAGGACUUCCAUGAGGUGGAAGACUUGAUAAAGACAGCCAUAGGUGACACCGUGGUCCAGGAUAUCCGGUACUCUCCAGAUACUCGAAAACUCCUGCUCCGGCUCAGCGAUUCUUACGACAGGUCCUUUCUGGAGACCCUGAGGGUGAACACAGAACCUCUGCCUCGAAUGGAAAAGACAGGGAAGGUGAAAGGACUCAUUCUCACUCUCAGGGGAGAGCCUGGGGGGCAGACACCCCACUAUGACUUCUACUCCCGGUACUUUGCACCGUGGAUUGGUUUGCCUGAAGACCCAGUAACAGGAGCUGCGCACACCGUUCUGAGCAGUUACUGGUCCCAGCAGCUUGGGAAGAGAGAGAUGCGAGCCUUUCAGUGUUCCCGCCGAGGAGGAGAACUGGAUAUUUCCCUGCGACCUGAUGGACGAGUUGACCUGAAGGGUGGCGCUGCUGUUGUCUUAGAGGGCACGCUGACGGUCUAGAGACACUUAUAUGCACUUAUGCUGGGCUGUGGCCAUGGCUAAACACAAGUGUUUUCUCACUACCAAUAAAACCAAAGCAAACCAACAACAAA